AUGUCACAAGUUUAUUUCGAUGUUUCAGCCGAUGGUCAACCAUUAGGUAAAAUUACUUUCAAAUUAUAUGAUGACGUAGUCCCAAAAACUGCUGAAAAUUUUAAAGCUUUAGCUACUGGAGAAAAAGGAUUUGGUUAUCAAGGAUCAAUUUUCCAUAGAGUUAUUCCAAACUUUAUGUUACAAGGUGGUGAUUUCACCAACUUCAACGGAACUGGUGGUAAAUCAAUUUACGGUACUAAAUUUGCUGAUGAAAACUUCACCAAAAAACAUGAUAGACCAGGUUUAUUAUCAAUGGCUAAUGCUGGUCCAAACACUAAUGGUUCUCAAUUUUUUAUCACAACUGUUCCGUGUUCAUGGUUAGAUGGUAAACAUGUUGUUUUCGGAGAAGUUACUGAUGGUUUUGAUGUCGUUAAAAAAAUUGAAUCAUUUGGUUCAAAUUCAGGUGCUACUUCUAAAAAAAUUAGUAUUGAUAAAUCAGGUACUUUAUAA